AUGAGGAAUGGCUUGCUGAAUCUUGCCGCGGAUGAACAUCAGUACCCAUGCUGGGGCGUCUACGCCCUCACCCCCGGAAAUGUCAAGUACAUGCGCUGCCCGCACAUCCAGGACCCGUCCAAGUAUCGCAACAACCACAACCUGCAACAGGCUGUCGUUGAUUUCGUCGUUGGCAAACGCGGUGUUACGCACAGAGUCAUUCGGAACUUGAUGGCCAGUAUUGAGCUCACAGGCGUCAACAACAUACCUGAAAUCCGCAUGCCCAGCUUCCCUUCCAGCAUUGGUCCCACUCCAGCACAAUUGCGUGGAGCACAAGCUAGCCAUCCGCCAGGGCCAACUCCACGCGAAGCUUCCAACAUGCCUUUACCAGGACCUCCUCCAGUUACAGUUGCGCCUCUAGCUCAAGGCCCAGAAUCCAACACCGCUGAAGCCUCUGCGGGCACCAAGACCUGGAAAAACUUCUGGGAAGUCAUUGGCAAUGACGACAAAGCAAAGUCCGACCAUGCACAGAAGAAUCCUCCGACAAGAACUCCUCACAUGUCUGAGAAACGGAAGUACAACGGCAUAACCACAGAGCAAGUCCACGAAAGUGUGCCUCUUCGCCAUCAGCCUAGUGUCUACUCAGAAACAUCCUCCGCGCCCCCGGCCGCCACAGCAGCACCGUCUGACAAUGCUACCCAGCAAUCCGGUGGUAUCCCAGAAACGUCUUCUCCAUCUCCGGCCGCCGCAGCACCCUCAGAUGAUGAUACCCAGCAGUCUGGUGGCAUCCCAGUACCAACCUCCGCACCCCCGGCCACAGUAGCACCAUCCGAAGGUGUUAUUGAGACCCCGGAUGAGGCAUUUUUUGCAUAA